GCUGAAAGUUCGCAAUGACGUUUACUAUUCGUUUCCGGUUUAUGUGGUAGCUUAACAUCGUUCUUCAUUUUUCCUUAUACAUCCGUUUGUGUGCGAUAAGUAUAGGCAUGUAAGUCGUUCGUUUGUACUAGGUUAUAUCAUUUUUUACAUGAUACACGAUGCAAUAACACAAGACCCAAUGAACAUAACAAGUUUUAUGACUAUAAUGAUACCGGAAGUUCUGUAGUUUUCGUUAUCAAUACGUAUAUUCAGAGUUCACAGAAAUGGCGACCGCCGUACCAUCAAGAUUCGCAGUACUCAGCAUUGAUGAUGAUGAUUGUAAGCCGAAGAAAACCCAGAAGAAUGUUACUGCCGGUAAGACGAAUCAAAAAUCUAAAACCGACAAAUCGAAACAACAGCAGCAACCAAAAAAGGAUGACAAGAAAAAACAAAAUAAGGGAAAAAAGAAAAAAUCUAGUAGCAAUGAAAAUCAACAAUGGGAACAAUGGAAACAGAAAGAUACAAUGGCUGUCGAGGAAACGUUUGAGCAAGAAUUACAUCAAGCCAUCUUGCUGUCAAAGCUGGCUUAUGAAGAGCAGCUAGUAAGUGCAGUCAAGUCAGAAAAAGAGCAAGAGUCAAAUAAGAAAUCAGGGAAAAAAUCAAAAAAGGCUACUAUGUCAUUGGAGCAGUUCAACAAUAUGGGAUUAGAAAAUACUUCUACUACAACUACUACCAUUAAUACUACUACUACUCAAAAUACAGUAUUAUCUCCAGAAAAUGGCGAUACUAAAUCCAAAGAAUUAGACACAGAAUUUUUUGAAAGAAUUGAAAAGGAGACAAAAGAAGAAAUCACAAAGGAAAAAGAAAAGGAUAUAUUGAAGGCGAGACUAAAUAAAAUCGAUGAUGAUAUUACAUCUGCUCAGUUAAGGGUAGAGGUGGAAAAACGUGACGAAAUCAUUAAUGAAUUAAGGAGUCAAGUAGAAAGCUUAAAAAAGGAAUUAACACAAGUUAAAGAAAGAAAUAAAAAGCUUUAUCAAAUAUUAUCUCAUGGAGAAAUGAAAGAUAAAGCGUCAGUAUUAGCUGAAGUAGCAAAAUUACAGGAAAUACGAGAUGAGUUGACGUCCGAAGUAGCAUCCUUACAUGCACAAUUAGAACAAGAGAGGUCCAAAACACGUACUUCUAGUACAGAUGUCAAAUCAUCUAAACAAACUAAUAAGAAGAGGCCCAUUAAUGAGAAUGCCUAAACUACAGACUAUUUUUGUUGAAUGUAAAGUACUAAACCAUUGUGAUCUAUAAAGCUUAAUUUACUGCUAAUGACUAAUCAGUUAACAGUCUGAAGACUGAUGCGUAAUCAUUAAAACUUAAGAUCUCAUGAAAAUGUAUCACGUAUUUGACUUUAAAGCAUAUAAAGCGAUCUUUUAAGUAACGUAUUUUUCAAACAUACAGAAGUUCACUCAAUGAAAAUAGGGUUAUAUUUUUCUAAAGUGCAUAUUUUCAUUUGUAAUUUGAGUUUCAUUCUUUCAUAAUAUGGUACAAGAAUAUCUUCUUUUAUUCAAACUUUCUUACACAAUAGUAAUUGAACAUAACUUUGCACUCAAGUUUAAACGGGAAACUAGUGCAACACUACUUUCAUAUUGCAACUUGACAACAUAAACAAAUGUCGUUAUCUUCCAAAUUUUGUGCGAACGUACGUGAGUGAGUAUACAUUAUCUGAAGUAUUUUGUAAUAAAUAUAUUCUACACCAUU